GGAAGUGAAGAAUGCCUGCUACCUCCAGAGACUAUUGAAACACUUCCUGUAGCUGGAAGACGGCAGCCCUCUGGCAGGAGCAUUACUUCAUUAUUUCAUUUCAGUUUACAGAGGAUUUAGUUCUCAGAAGCUGGGCAAGAGAUGGGCAGCAGUGAACCCCUUCCCAUUGCAGAGGGUGACAAGAGGAAAAAGAAGAAGCGGAAGGCCCGGGCCACUGACUCCUUACCAGGGAAGUUUGAAGACACGUACAAGCUGACCUCUGAACUGCUUGGAGAGGGAGCCUAUGCCAAAGUUCAAGGUGCUGUGAGCCUACAGAAUGGCAAAGAGUAUGCUGUCAAAAUCAUCGAAAAACAAGCAGGGCACAGUCGGAGUAGGGUAUUUCGAGAAGUGGAGACGCUCUAUCAGUGUCAAGGAAACAAGAACAUUUUGGAGCUGAUUGAGUUCUUUGAAGAUGACACAAGGUUUUACUUGGUCUUUGAGAAAUUGCAAGGAGGCUCCAUCCUGGCCCACAUCCAGAAGCAGAAACACUUCAAUGAGCGAGAAGCCAGCCGAGUGGUACGGGACGUGGCCGCUGCCCUUGACUUCCUGCACACCAAAGGCAUCGCUCACCGCGAUCUGAAGCCAGAAAAUAUAUUGUGUGAGUCUCCAGAAAAGGUGUCUCCAGUGAAAAUCUGUGACUUUGACUUGGGCAGUGGGGUGAAACUGAACAACUCCUGUACCCCCAUAACCACACCGGAGCUGACCACUCCAUGUGGCUCUGCAGAGUACAUGGCCCCGGAGGUGGUGGAGGUCUUCAGGGAUGAAGCCACCUUUUACGACAAGCGCUGUGACCUGUGGAGCCUGGGCGUGGUCCUCUACAUCAUGCUGAGCGGCUACCCCCCCUUUGUAGGUCACUGUGGGACCGACUGUGGCUGGGACCGGGGAGAAGUCUGCAGGGUGUGCCAGAACAAGCUAUUUGAGAGCAUCCAGGAAGGCAAGUAUGAGUUUCCUGACAAGGACUGGGCACACAUCUCCCCCGAAGCCAAAGACCUCAUCUCCAAGCUCCUGGUUCGAGAUGCCAAGCAGAGACUAAGUGCUGCCCAAGUCCUGCAGCAUCCGUGGGUGCAGGGGCAAGCUCCAGAAAGAGGACUCCCCACGCCACAAGUCCUCCAGAGAAAUAGCAGCACAAUGGACCUGACACUCUUCGCAGCUGAGGCCAUCGCCCUUAACCGCCAGCUUUCUCAGCGUGAGGAAGACGAGCUGGCACAGUCAUCCGAGUCCCUGGUCGGGGGCCUCUGCUCUGUGAGGCUUUCCCCUCCCUGCAAGUCACGCCUGGCCCGUCGAAGGGCCCUGGCCCAGGCAGGCCGCAGCAGCAACCCGGAACCGUGCCCAACUCCCACCGCACUCUGACCCACUCCUGGCCACGACUUCCAGGACCUCAGCCUGCCUAGGCCCCGCCAAAGUCCGCAGGGCAAGCAGUAGAAGCUGCUCCAUGGCCCCAUCCUGGAGAAGGCCCUGAGAUUCCCACCCAACCCCCUAUUUCCCCAGAGCCCUCCAGGAGAAAGCUGUAUCCAAAGGGGUUGUCUUUGAAAAGGAAAGCAAUCACUUGUCACUUUGCAUAAUCGCCUGCGGCAGGGACAUCUCUCUGCUGGGCUCCUGCCCACCUGCUCACCCGCCUGCAGAUCCGGGAUCCAGCCUGCACUGCUGGGCGGCUGGCGCAGUGUUGGCUGGGGCUGCAGCCUUCAGGGAGCCAGCCUUGAGAAGCGGCAGCUGACAGAGGCUCUUUCCUCUCUGCACUGUCACACCCACACCCCCCCAACACUGGUCCUUCCUCUGUCCUCUGGAUGUCCUCCCCUUGGCUAAGCAAAGCCAUCCCCUCAAUUCAGGAAAGGGCAGGGAGCCUUCCACGUUCAGGAGGCCAGAUCAGUCUUCCAGUCUGUAGCGCGGGAGAAGCACAUAAUCUUUCUUUGCCGGGACCAAAACGUGUCCCUCAUUUAUCAUCCUCUUCCUUGUUUGGGAUUGCUGCUGAAGUCCGUAUUAUUUCAUUUUUUUUAAGUGUUCUUUUUAACCAUGCACUUUCAGCAAAAAUGGAACUUUAAAACUCAACUGCAAGCCGGAUUUUCCAGAGCAUGUAAUGGUUUGCUCUUCCUUGAAUGUCCAAGCAUGUGAAAGAUUUUAUUCAACUGUUUCUUAUUAUUCUAACCAGUUUUAAGCUGUUAAGAUGACGAGUGACUUCGAGGCUGUGUCUGCUAAAGGGCAGCACCAGUCCCAGGCAGUUAGAAGGGACUCUGUGCCCCAUGUGGCACCAGAUCGCCGGCAGCCCUGGUUCCAGCAAUGGGCUGGCUGCUGCCGGAGAGCAUGAAGGCGCAUCUGGCCUCGGAGAAGCCGAGCUGCUCAGCUGCCUAAAGAAAAUGGGUUUGUACAGGUCAGACACACAACACCACAAUGCUAUUUAUACAAUGUGCUUGUUUUAAUAAAACUGUUUUAAAUUCUA